AUGCCUCCGUCAUCGCUCUUCAGGAUGGCCAGCAGGGCGUGCAUAAAGAAUAUACGAUCAAUUACCGACGUUGGAGAUGCGCCCUAUCAGAUCGUUCGAUCUGUUCUUCUCCGGCUUGAGAACCCCCAACAACUCAGAAAGAUAGAGUUAGCAUCACCCCAAAUCUGCGGCCAAGAUGGCGAGAUCUGGCUGGAAUUUAUCAAACGCGAUGUACCGAACUGGGACAAGAAACCAUACGAACCAGAGAACCCUAAGAAGUGGUACAAAGCAUACAAAAAGCUCGUCAUGGACAGCCAGGAGGAGGUAGAGAACGACGCUGCAGAAUUGAAAGCUACCCUGGACCGAAUCAAACAAGAUCAAUCACUGCACAAGGCCCAACAGGUUGAGCUUAGGGGUGUCAAAGUCCCCGAAGGAAUGAAGAGCAAUGGGCCGGUCAUCAGCCUCUCCACGAUGCCACGAUUCUAUGACAAAGGAACCAAUCCUCCACCGGGCGAGAGGCAGCGUAAGAAAGACGGAGACGCCAAAAUCUUCGUCAGUAACAAAGGUAAGCUGGACCAGUUCCGAAAGGAAGCCAAAGCUAUGGGCCAUUUCCAGAAACCAGCAGGACGCCCUGGAAUCUUCGCCCCUAAAGAUAUGAAGUUGAAACCUGCGCCAAUGAGCAGGACGAUAACCGCUGCACCGCGCAUACUCAUAGAGGAGCAUCAGAAAGCUGCAGCCCCAAGCGCAUUCGAUCCCUCUGCCAAGCCAGCAACAAUCUUCGCUCCCAAGAGGAAGCGAGUAGAGCACAACGAGACUUCCCAACCAGGUACCCUGACUUACGAAGAAAGAGAGAAGAGACUCAAAGCGUUUACCAACCCCUCAAGCGUCAGUAAAUCCACUCUCAACCAAGAAGCAUCGACCCCAAUAUCACCUCAACCCAAAGCAAAGAUCCGCUCAUCCACCGCGCCCGAUAUUGCCAUAUUGCCUGUACCGAAAGUCCAAGCCACCCCUAGUUUCUCCUCCACACUGAAGCGCAAGGAUCGCGCCUCACCGACCCCUGGUCACGGGAUACCAAGGGCAAAUACCUCCAGCCCCAGCAAUGGAGGUAUUCGCCCAGCAAUGCACAUGAAGAAGGCUCCUGUCGACGUGUUCAUGCCAGCGAAACGACGGAAAAUUACUUGA